CGGGGCUUGCCUGUCGGAUGGAUACGUCGCGCUCGGCGUUGGCCCAGGCUGCGCUUACGGCUUGUCCAAGUUCCGAAGUGUCGCGCUCUCGGUGGUCAUUUUCUGUGUGACAGUUUCCCUUAUCCCAAUCUACAAUAAAAAAGUAUUAUCCGGAAACAGCGACGUUGAUACGUUCCCGUACCCUGUCGCCACUUCUUUCCUGCAGCUCAGCUUCGUGUCACUUGCGCUGGGCCUUGGCGACUCGCUCGCGUUCCUGCUGUGCCCUCGUCGGGCCGAGUGGAGCCCGUCCUGGCUGUUCGGCCCGCACUUCUGGUACAAGCUGCGGUACUCGGGCCCGGCGGGGCUCUGCUUCGGCCUGAAGUUCUCCUUCACGAACUGGGGGCUGCUGCUCGUGCCCACGGCCACGCACAUGCUCCUCCAGUCCACGGACCUCCUCUGGACCGUGGGGUGCGCGUGGCUGGUGGUGGGCGAGCGGGUGGGCGCGCAGGAGGGCUGCGCCGUCCUGCUCACGGCCUUGGGCACCAUGCUGAUCAGCCUCGACGAGGCCACCGUCGCCGCGCUCCGGCGCGGCGUGAAGGAGCUCAUGCGCCCCGACAACCGGGUCGGCGGCAUGCUUGCUGUGGAGGUCACGGCCAUUAAGCUCGCGGUGUCGUCCCUGACGUGCCUCGCGGCGGCGUGCCUCGUCGAAGGGGGCGGUCUAGGCCUGAGCAGGUGCGCGGGCCUGAGGGAGGGUCGCGCUGAGCCGUGGUGGGAGGCGCUGGCGGUCUACCCCGCACGGGGAGUCUCGCUGGUGCUGCUGGUGGCGGUGCUGAUCCUCGUUUUCCAGGUGAACAUCACGUGGCUGGCACGACUGACCUCCGCCGUGACCGUUGGCAUGGUGGCCAGCGUCAAGGUCGUGCCCCAGUGGCUGCUCAACGGCCUGAUGGGGCUGCAGGGGCCGACCUCCCCUGCCUUCGCGGUGGGCGUGGCGCUGGUGCUCCUGGCGAGCCUGCUCUACCUGCAGGGCAGGGCGGGCUCCUGCGAGCAGGCGCAGGGGCUCUAA